AUGAACUCGAGCCUCUUUUCUACUUCCUCUCCUACACCAACACCAACGCCUACCUCUACCGUGACGAGGUCUGAACGGGACGGCUACGACUACCGAUAUCCUGUCAUGUCCUCACAUACUACAAGGGCUUCUCAAGGCGCAACUGGUGAGACAAUCGAUCUUACCGCCGACAGCGAUAGUGAUGACGACAAUGACACUGCCUCUGAACAAUUACAGCCUGCCUCCAGGCAGCCUCCUCGGAGAAAUCCGCAACCACAACAAAGACCACGGCAGUCACGCUCACGACCUGUUCCGCAUGGGGGUGCACCGCCAUUCGACAGAAGAGUACAACCAGAGUCGCUGGAAGUGAUAGAUCUGCUAGAUGAUUCGGAUUAUCAGACAGAAGAAAAUGAUGAGGAGCGCCAAGUUCUUUUCGAUGGCGACUCUGAUACAGGCUAUGAGAGUCCAGACGACGUCCAGAUUGUGGAUGAGAGACCUGCUCUACCGGGCAACCCAAGACCGACUUCAACACGACCUACGACCCGACGACCUUCCCCACGACAAUCAGCCCGGCCGACAUGGGCAAACAUUCCAGAUAUGAUCCGACGGAGUGGCCAAUACAUGUUUGGUAAUGCUGCGAAUAUCAACGAAGUUCUUCUGAACCGGCUUGAUGGGCUACGAGCACGGACGAAUGAUGAUCGACAAGACCAUGGGGCUCGGGACGACGGUGUAGGCAACUUCAUCAUCAACCUCGACUACAGACAACCCGCUUUUGCUCUUGGUGGCCUUGAAAUCUACGACCGCAGUUCAGAGACACCUCAGGGGCCCGGGAUCGGAGACGCUUAUAAAGCGCCUCCUCCGCCACCGCAGGGAUUCAUACGCACUUUCGCCGAAGACGAUGUCGUGCUCUGUCCUAUGUGUGGUGAUGAAUUGGCAACCGGAAAGGGUGACACGAAACAGCAAGUCUGGGUCGCCAAACAGUGCGGACAUGUCUACUGUGGCGAAUGCGCUACGAACCGAUUUUCCAGCAAAUCUCGCAAGAAGGACAAGAAAGCGGCUCCGUCCAAAGUCGUCCCUUUCUCGGAAUGCAACAUCGAUGGGUGCAAGACCAAGCUCAACAACAAACAUGCAAUGUUCCCUGUCUACUUGUAG